AGAUUCUGCAUUGAAACGUUAUGAAGGAACAAAUGCUGAACUUCCGCGAAUUAUUAAUUCACAUCAUGAAGAAUUGAGAAUACUUCAAAUUAAAUAUAAAAAAUUAAAAACUUCACAGAAGGAAACAUGUGAUUUAUUAAAAGAAAAGGAAAAUGAACUUCAGCAAUUACAGUAAAGAUCGUAAUUUGGGAGAGAGAGAAAAGUUACAAUUAGAAGUUUCUGAUUUAAAUCACAGAAUACAAAAACAACAAGAUACUAUACAGACAUUGCAUAAAAAAUUGACUCUUGAAACUAAAAGUUUAAAACAACAAUUACAUUUAGAAAUUUCUAAACGAAAAGAAACACAAAAACAUUUAGAUGAAAUAACAGAAAAAUUAAAAACUUUAGAAAAUUUACUAGAUAAUAAAGAACGAAGAUUAUAUUAUAAUCGUCAAUUAUUGUUUCCUGAUAAAAAUCGACGUUUUGGCACGCGAUCUCUUACGAAUCUAAGAGACAUUAGUUCAUCAAAUCCAUUAAAGAUAUCAGAAAAAAACAAGAAAUGGCAAACAGAUGUUCAAAAAAACAGUUUGCCUAUAUUACAUACAUCUGAAUCAAAUGAUAAAAACAUCAAAACAGAUGAAAGAAUAAAUCAAGUUUUAGAUUAUGUAAAAUCUGAAACAAUGACAAAUUUAGAACAAGUACGAAGAUAUCGUCUUCAGAAAUCUUCAGAAAAACCAUGUAAAAAUGUAUUGAAUAAUUCAGAAGAAAAAUCUAAAGAAUUAGAAUUCGUAAUAAACGAGAAUUCAGAAAUUAUAAUAGAUUUAGAAAAUUCAGAACAAUUAAAAAAACAUCAAAGAAAAGCUCAAAAAUAUCAAAUAAAUACAGAUAAAUUAAAAGAAAUUUAUAAUAAUCGAAAUUGUCAGAAUUUUAAUAAAUCAUUAGAAAAAGAUCUUACUUAUUCUUCUGAAGAUAGCGAAAGUGAAAAUGAAAAUGAAAAUAAUAAAGAUAAUUAUACAAAUGAAACUAAUAAUUCUAAGCAAUUGCAUUCAAGAUUGAUUAACAAUACAAAUGAUACUUCAGAUUUAAAGGAAUUAAAAUUUUCUGAUUGUAAAUAUAAAGAUAAAUUAAAAAUUUUAGUAAAAGAAAGAAUAAAUUCUUAUGAAAGUGAUUCAGAAAUAGAAUCUGAAAUAAAAAAACAAUCAAUUGAACAUUAUCUGGCAAUGAAUGAAAAUGAUACACUUAAAUUAAUUUCAUCUAUGUAUAAUAAUGAAACUCAUUGUGAUUUAAAUAAAGAUAUAGAAAAGUGUUCAUCUCCAAAAAGUAUUUUAAAUGAAUCACAAAAUCUUUAUCAACAUUUAAUUGAUGAAAUGCAUGUACAAACUAGAAUUGUAGAGGAUGAAAUUAUUUAUGCUCAAUGUAAUGUAAAAAAUAUCCAAACAGAAUAUAAACAUUCCGAAAAUUUAGAGAAUUUUAUGUUUGAACAAGCUGUGUCAAAAAUACAAGAAUAUAAUAAUGUAAACACAACAAAAGAUAAUUUUGAAAAUGAAUCAUUAACAUAUCCUGAAGAUGAAUAUAAUAAAUUGUUCAAAACCAAUAGUUUAGAAUCAAUAAAUGAUAAAUCAGAAAUAUCGCACACAAAUGAAAUUAUUUUUAAUGAUUCACAAAAAAUAUCUAUGAAAGAUACAUUAAAUUCUUCAAAUAAUUUGAACAAAGCAAUAAUAAAUAGAAUAGAUCCAACAGAAAUGGAAAUGAAAAGCAAAAGUAUAUUUCUCCAAAACUAUAACUUAGAAACAAAAAAUAAAUUAAAUAAACAAGAAAUGGAAAAUGUUGAUAUAGUUUCAUAUAAUGUAAAAUCUUUUAAUAAUGAUGCAGAUCAUGAUAUAUUAACUGAUGUUAGCAUUAAAAAUGAUAAUAAUAUUAAAACAAAAAUAACUGAUUACAACAAAGAGAAGUUACUAGCAUCAAUGAAAGCUAUUGAUAAUAAUGAAAAUAUUGAAUUUCUAAACCAAGAUUAUGAAAAACAUAAUACAACAGCAAAGAGAAAAAAAAUAACAGAAGAUGUAUUCCAUAAUUUACAUGAUACAUCUCAUAUGAAGAAAAAACAAGAUAUUAUUAAAGAUAUAUUUGACACUGAUGUAAUUAAAAAUGAAUCAACAGAUAGUUGUAAUAAAUUACAUUAAAAUGUAAAUGAAUAAAAAAAAAUACUUAAGUAUUUAUAAAGUCAUAGAAAAAACAUAAAUCAUUUAAAUAAUCAUAACAUGUGCUAUAUUUUUUUUAUAGUAUAAAGAUUAUAAUAUAUAUGUGCAUAUCUCUAUUUUAUGAGAGAUUAGAAACUUCUUAUAUAUAUACAUAUUUAAUGUAAUAAAAUAUUUAAGAAUAUACUAUUAAAA